AUGACCCCAGUGCAGCUGCAGUGCGAACCACGCUGGUUUCACGGGCCUUGCUGGCUGAAGUUAGAUCAGCAGUACUGGCCCAAAGUGCUAGAAAUCGAUGAGAACAAGUUCAACAUGGCGGAUCUGGAGAGUAAAGCCAUUGCAGCAGCCCUUCCAACCGUCAGUCCGAGUGAAAUUUUCCGCCUUCGAUCGUCUCUGGUAGAUCUUGUGCGACUGACUGUCUAUAUUCAACGGUUUAAAUGGAAUUCGUCUCCAGUGAAUCAACUCUGCAGGAAAGUGGGCUGCAUCACUUCCCAUGAGUACGGCGAUGCGAUCAAGGCUCUCGUGAAAUUGUCUCAGCAAGAAAGUUUUCCCCAGGAACUAGCAGACCUUUUCAAGAGUGGUCAGGUGCAAGAUUCGUCCAGAAUAUCUCCGCUCAAUCCGCAACUUGCUGAAGGCUUACUCUGCGUUGGCGGCCGGCUGAAGAACGCUGCUGUAUCGGAGCGUUGGAAACAUCCCUACAUCCUGGAUCAUCGGCAUCCCUUCGCACGACCAGUUGUAGCUUACUAUCAUCAGAAGCAUUUCCAUGCCGGUCAGCAACAAUCUACCCUCAGCGUCGAGUGCAUCCGAUCAAGUGCUUUGUGGGCAGUGUUCGUAUGCUUGGUUACAAAGGCAGUGCAUCUGGAGCUAUCAGCGGAUCUCACUACUCAAGCGUUCCUGGCUGCGUUGAGGAGGUUCACAUCUCGUCGUGGAAAACCGUCUCUCAUCAUGUGUGAUAAUGCGAAGAACUUUGUUGGCUCCAAGAGGGAAUUGGAUGAACUCGCACGGUUGUUCGACAGCCAACAGUUCAAAGAAGCAGUAUUACGACAUACGGCAGAGGACAGAAUCGAGCUUCGUUUCAUUCCGGCACGAUCACCGAACUUCGGAGGGCUUUGGGAAUCAGCGGUUAAAUCAUUCAAGAUCCUGUUCAAACGAACGAUUGGCACCCGCAGCCUGGUAUACGACCAGAUGCAGACCGUGCUGGCUCAGACGGAAGCAAUCCUGAAUUCCCGACCCCUGACACCCAUUAGCAACGAUCCAGACGACUUCUAA